CUCCGCGGCUCGCUAAGCUCGCUCUCCUUCCACUGAGUGUCUCGGCUCAAGAUGGGGGAGGCGGACGUCACGCUCGCUCAGGCCGACGAGAAGCCGCCGGACUCCGGGUUGGUUCCCGGCGAGGACUCGGUGGUCUGGAGCCACGAGGUGGAAGUCUGUCUGUUUCACGCGAUGCUGGGACACAAACCCGUCGGAGUGAACCGACACUUCCACAUGAUCUGCAUCAGAGACAAGUUCAGCCAGAACAUCGGCAGGCAGGUGUCCUCCUCCGUCAUCUGGGACCAUCUGGGGACCAUGUACGACAUGCAGGCUCUGCACGAGUCGGAGAUCUUGCCGUUCCCAAACUCAGAGAAGAGUUUCUCUCUGCCCGACGACAUCAUCCAAGAAGUUAAAGAAGGGAAGCUGGCCUCAGAGGAGGAGACCAAAGAGGAGUUCAGGAUGGAGAGAGAACCUCCUGCCACACAUGAAGAAGGCAGCAACUCGUCGGUGAAGCUGUCGGAGCGAGCGAGCAGCAGCCGGGACAAGGAGAGAGAGCGGGACAGAGAGAAGGCAGGGAGCGAGGGAGGAGGAGGCGGAGGGGGCGGAGGAGGUGGAGGAGGGGGAGGAGGAGGAGGAGCGGGAGGGAAGGAGGCGGAGAAGAGGAAGAGGAGCCGAGCCGCCGAGAAGCUGCUGUCCUCCUCCAACCCUGCAAGUCCAGGAGGAGCCAAGAGGAGGCGCACCUGAGACUCUGUGUGUGUGUGUGUGUGUGUGUGUGUGUGUGUGUUAGAGAAACAGAGAAGGUGUAGGUGUGUGUGAGACUGUACAGGACGAGUGACUGGAAAUCUUAAAAUAGAAAGGUGAGGGACACGAAGCUCGCCGUGCGUCGGGUAGUUGAAUCUUUUUCUCCUCCUGUUUCCUCGUCACGGCUCCUCCACGCUGCAGGUGAUCGAUCGAUUGGUGAUCGGUGAUCGGUGAUCGAUUUACAGAAGCUGCUCUCCUGGGGAACGCACGCCGAUCAGUUCACACAAAAACUCCCUAGAACAUUUUCCAUUUUUCCUCCAUUUUUUUUCUCCUCAAGGUGCUUGAUGUUUUUUUUUUUUUUUUUUAUUGUUUUGUGAUUGGCUGCUUUAGCGACCAAUAGGGCCUCUAGGCAGCCACAGCGACCGGAAGUAAAUCUGUGCCGCCCCACGACAGAGGCAGCGCCACCUAAAGGCUCGUCUAUGCUCCGUGUUACAUCCGGAUGCAGACGGAGCCCUCUGUCCGUACGCUGUGCUCAGUCCAUUUCGUCUGUAUUUGUGCAGGUUUUCAGGAAACAUUAGAGAAACGAAUCCUCCGUCCCCCUGCGGUGAUGCGUUUAAUGACCUCACAGACCGCCGCCGUCUACAACGCCAAUGCCUCUUUGUAGCAGCUCCAUUAUCACGACCUCCUCCUCCACCGCCGCCAUGCAUGUUGUCGUCUGACACUCUGGGCUCUUCGCUGCCCUCUAGUGGAUUUAUUGCUGAACAUCCAUGAAAACGUAAAGGAGGCAUGGAGGCGAAGACGGUUACAUCAUUUUAAACAGAUGUUUUUAUUUUUGUACAUGCACACUCAGUGUCCACUGUCUCAGCUCCACCUGUCCAGUCUGAUGAGUUCAGGUGAGCAGCUCCGCCAUAAACUCUACCUUUUAACAAAGUUCAUCAUGUUCAGUUUGUGUUGACAUUGUGGAGAAUGUGUCCCUUUAAUUCUGUGUUUAUUACUGAGGUUGUAGUUUGCAGAGGUCUGCUACUGGACUGCA